CACAUUUUUCUUUUCUAACUCAAUUAUAUUCACCGAGAGAGAGACAGAGAGAUAGAAGGAAAGAAGAUGGAUCAGUUCAUGAAGCUGAUGAGGGAUGAACACCGCAUCUUCACCGACAAAGACGACAAUGAGAUGAUGCAGCUGAUCAUGACUACCCACUCUCAGAACUGCCAGAUGGUCGAUGUGGAGCCUCUUCUCGAACUCAUCAAGGACAUCCUCAACCUCUUCACCACCACCACCAUCACCACCACCACCAAUAUCGCUGUCGUUGGUAAUGCCAUGGAAAGCUUGAAGAGGAAGACCUCUGCAGCAACUUUUGAAGCAUUGGUUAAAACCAUACAUGAGAUCUCAUGCAAGAUAUCGUGCAAAUGCACUGGAGAAAAGGACAAUACGAUGUCGUCACUGAUCAAAACCUUGGCGAGCUACUCCUGGGAUGCGAAGGUGCUUCUAGUCCUGGCCGCCUUUGCGGUCACUUACAGGGGGUUCUUCUUGCUGGGGGUGGUGGAUGUGAACAAAUCAAAGCCUUUAGAGAAGCUGAGGAUCCUUAUUGAGGCCAUGGAAACCGUGAUUGAAUGCGUCGUCAAUGUCUGCAAGCUUCCACGCCAGAAGUCCCUCGAUCAAUCGGUUGUUCAAACCUCUGUUUACUGGACUUUCAGGAGCGUCCUCGCCUGCGGCCCCCAGAUCUUCGGCUUCCUUGGCUUGGGUUAUGAGUAUACUCUUUCAAGAAUUGAGGAUGAGGAUCUUUCCAAAAUAUGGAACAAACUCAAUGAAAGUCAUGGCUACCUUAAAGAGCAACUCCAAAGCUUCACACGCUACCAUGAGGAGAAGAUAAUAUUCGAAUAUUAUCAAGAGCUUGUGCAAAUCUUCUCAAUUAUCCCCACGGACAACAUAGAGAUUCUCAACGCAGUGUUGAACACCAAAUAUGGUCUAAAGCCUCUUUUCCAAGUCACCAGCCAGAAAAUGUUUGGCGUUGAAGAGUUAGAGAAGAAAAAUGUGUUAUUACUGAUAUCAGCUGAUUUGAACAUCUACAGAGAAGAGAUUGGGAUUCUGGUUGAUUUGUAUAAAAACACAAAGCAAGUGUCUCAAUACGAACUGGUUUGUCUUCCACUAGGGAAGACUGAACAAUCCAAAAGGGAUGACUUUGUGGAUAUGCUAAUGAAGAAGAAGAUGCCGUGGUACUUGGUGCACCAUGAACAUGUGAUCAACUUGGCUGUGUUUAAGUACAUCAGGGAGGUGUGGCACUUCAACAAUAAACCCAUCCUGGUGGUGUUGGAUCCACAGGGCAGGAUCAUCAGUCACAAUGCCUUCCCCAGGAUAAAGGUCUGGGGAGGCAUUGAUCUCUCUAUCACCAUCAAGACUGAAGUACAGCUAUGGACUCAAGCGACCUGGGGACUUCAACUUUUGUUUCAAACCAUUGAUCGAGGCACAAACAUCAUCCAAUGGAUAAAUGAGAAACGAUUCAUUUGCUUGUAUGGAGGAGAAGACAUAAACUGGAUAAGAAAUUUUACGAGGAAGGCAAGAGCAGUAGCGAAGAAAGCUAAUAUCCAAUUGGAGAUGGUGUACAUGGGGGCGAGAUACCAAACGAAGCGAGUGGAGAAUAACUUCGCCCUCAUCCAGAAGGAAAAACUGAGCGAUUGUUGGCCAGACCUAGCGUCCAAAUUCUGGGUCCGGCUAGAGGGGAUGUGGCAAUCCAGGAUGGAAACCACAAGCUCCAUCAAGAAUGAUGAGAUAAUGAUGGGGAUCACAUCCAUGCUCACCUUCGAUGGCAGCGAGAAUGGGUGGGCAUUGAUCAGUAGGGGAACCAAAAUUGAGGUCAAAGCCAAGGGGGACGUGUUCUUGAACUACUUUGAAAGGUACGAUUUUAUGGACGUAAUUAAAUACGUGAAAGAGCAGGACACCGAGCUUCACUGCAAUCGCCUCAUCCUGCCGCUAACCGUUGGGAAAAUUCCGGAAGAGAUGCCUUGUCCUUGUGAGAAGUGUCCUCGCUUGAUGGAGAAGUUCGUCAUGUACCGUUGCUGUAAUGAUUAAUUAGCUGCUCUCCGGCCAUAGGACUCACGGUUGCGCCGCUGCUACUACGACGGCGACUAUGCGGCUACGGUGGUGGACACUCCUUGAUUAGUUCUUCCCUUGUUGAAGUUUGACGUUUGAAGUUUGUAGUUUGAGUUUGAAGUGUUUUUCUUAUUUUUCUUAUUUUUCUCUUUUCCAGUACCACGUUCCGAGUCAGUAUUUCUCUUUUUAUUGUUGGGUGAGGUGUGCUAAUUAAUAAUGAAUAAUAAUGAAUAAGUCCCUUAUGUU